AUGAAGUUCUCUCACGUCACCCUUGCUGUUGUCGCAGCCACCGCCAUUGCCGCUCCCACCCAGCAGCUGGAGUCCCGAGACCUCCAGAUCACCGGCCAGAACGCUGGUGAGCUCGUCAAGCAGUACGCUCCCGUCUUCACCCUGGCUCCCGGCGCCUUUGCCACCCAGACCGAGCCUGAGCCCAUGGGCUUCCUCGACUUCUCCGGUUACGUCAACUUCUUCGUUGGCCUGCUGCAGCUUGGUGGCCAGUUCAUCAAGGACGGAGGACGAGCUCUUGUCGACCUCGACAUCAACAAGGUCGGCUCCGCUGCUGUCAACUUCUUCCAGGGUCUGAUGGUCUACUUCAACGCCUUCCUCGCUGCCGUCCAGCAGGGAACCAAGUUCGACAAGGCCGUCUACGAGUUCCUCAUCAACUCCGGUAUCAAGGACUUCCUGACCAACGUUGCCGCCUUCAUUAUCAACGUGUCCAAGAACAUUCUCGAGUCUCCUCUGCUCGGCACCAUUGUCAACCUCCUCAAGCCUCUCGUCCAGUGGCUGUUUGGCGCCAAGCAGACCGUCCAGCAGAACCUGGGCUCUGCCGCUGACGUUACUGGCUUCGACCGAGCUCUUCUGGCCGUCCAGUCCUUCAACGCCGCCGCCACCAAGAAGCUUGGUAACUAA